AUGGCAGCCAGACUUGAGCGUUUGUUCAACCACAUCGGGUUCUCCUUCUUCGCCCUCAUCCUUAUCUGCCUCACCCUACUCACCCCAGCCGACGCCAUCUACCAAUGCUACGAGACAAAUCGACUCACCAACAUUUUCUUCAUCGCCGGUGCAUAUGUUGUCACAUUUAUAAUUGCGGCUCUCAUCUACGCGACGCGAAUCUACACAAACCGAAACGCACUUACCGGCAUUCCAAAAGCCUGGAUCCCCGUUGAAAAGGAAGAUGUGAAAAAGAGCGUCAGACGGCUGGUAAAGGAAGGACUCGCUCGUAGUGCCGUCAUCGCCUACCAAGCCCGCCCGCGUGACGUCUCCACCGAUGAGGAUAACUUUCAGAGCUACGAACAGCUUCUUAUCGAUUCUGAGCGACCUCCGUGGGGCCACGUCGAGCAUCCAGGCUGGUCUUCGCCUGCGUCGCCUGACUUACCAGAUUUACCGUACCGCACGGUCAUCCAGGAGCUGCCCAGCUUGAUCGAAGCUAAAGCUGUCUCCCUCGCACCAGCCGAUUCAUUGUCGCCUGGACUCCCAGAUCCUUUCGGUCUCUCUGGCCUUACUACACAGUCACUUCCAGAUACACGUGUGGUAGAGGUCUUACAACGCCCGGCGUCAAUGGGUCUGAGAGAAUACAUCCGACACCUGACGUCUCUCGGUGCUAUUUAUCCCCCAGAAUUAGGCCCCGACUUCCUGGCGCUUUACGAACGCGCGCGGUUCUCGCCACGGGAGCUCCACGAGGCAGAAUUUCGCGACUUGAUGCAUCUUUUCGCCGAGAUCCUCAGGGGAAUGACAUCCCUUGCCCCGCCGGUGAUAGACGAAAUCCGCGACAGCGCAAGCUACAGACGUGCUUACAGUGAGUCUGUUAUUGGGCCUUCAGACGAAGAGGGGGAGACAGAUACCGUCGAACGUUACGGUUACGAUGGGGCGUCGGAACAUGUGCGGAGUAACAGCCUUCGGCCAUCCAAUGCGUCUACUUGGGAAACUCAGUCCGGGUAUGAUACUGCGCUGCAAACUCCUGUCUCAGGGUUAUCGAUUGGCAGUUGGUACGCGCCACGAGGCCCUCUUCGCACGCAAUCUACAGCUUCCCUUCAGCGAGUGCGUUCGGGCCAAUCUGGCAGCUCCGGAGGAAGUGUUAUCCGCCUGGCUCAACCACGGGAUCCCACGGAUUUGCCGUAUACUUUUGACUAUGCUGGCCGUAGAUAUUAA